AUGAUCAUGAUCUUGAAAGCAACCGGGGUGGCUCUCCUCAGUAUCCUAUCUUAUGUUCAAGCAUAUCCUUCACGUUCCCUGAAGCAGUCGCCCAAGAGACCAUUUUUUAUUUUGGCAGGUGAUAGCACCACAGCCCCUCAAUCCUCAAACGGAGGAGGAUGGGGGGACGGCUUUCUCAAUACAACCCUUUUCAAAGGAGCCUCUGGUCGCAAUCUCGGUCACAACGGUGCAACUACUGUUAGCUUUCGAGAUGGAGGCGAUUGGGACGAAGUUAUAGGAAUCGUGAAACAGGUUCGACAUGACUAUCAUCCAUUUGUGACUAUCCAAUUUGGGCACAACGAUCAAAAGCCAGCUGCAAAAAUAUCAUUGUCACAAUACACCACCAAUCUUGAAAAAUUUGUGACCGAGGCUUUUGGUGCUGGAGCUACACCGAUUCUCGUCACCCCUCUGUCUCGGCGUAACUACGAUAACUCAACAGGCACACCGAGUAUUCUCAUGAGUCUCGCCAACGAGACCAUGGGCACCAUCAAUGCCGCCUAUCGCUCAUGUGCUACAUAUAUUGACCUGAAUCAAGCUAGCACCCGAUACCUCAAUGCAAUCGGGCCAGAAAAUGCUUUUACUUACAACCUCAACCCAAUGGACUAUACCCAUCUGAAUGUUCCGGGGAGUAUUCUGUUUGGGGGAAUUGUGGCCGAACUGAUUACCCAGAAACUUGAUGCUUUGGAAAAGUCUGGAUAUCUGCGUGUGAAUGGUAAACUUAAGGAAGAUGUUGAUCAUGGGAUCUACCACUGGCCUUAG